GACAGCUAGGUGAGAGAGGUUGAGGACUCUAACCUGGAGCUGAAGAUGCUGUGAUGUCACACGUCAGGAGGUCGCUGUCUCUGCUACGAGAUGGCGUGCUCGGUGGCGUGUUUGGCGGCUGUGAUGCGUCCGGUCUGGUCCUCCUCUCGCGCUCCACGGACGUGUUUGAGAACCUGGCGCUGGAGGACUGGAUCGACGCCAACGUGGACCUGCAGCGGCGCGGCGUGCUGCUGCUGUGGAGGAACCGGCCGGCCGUGGUCAUCGGGCGCCACCAGAACCCGUGGGCCGAGUGCAACCUGGCCGCCAUGCGGCGAGCGGCCGUGCCGCUGGCACGCAGGCGCAGCGGGGGCGGCACCGUGUACCACGACCUCGGGAACCUCAACAUGACUUUCUUUGCGUCCAAGAAGGCGUACGACCGGCAGAGGAACCUCAGCGUGGUCACGGGCGCUCUGCGGCGUGCACGGCCCGGGCUGGACGUGCACGCCACCGAGCGGCUUGACAUUUUACUCAACGGACGCUUCAAGAUCUCAGGAAGUGCGUCCAGACUGAGCAGGAAGUCGUCCUACCAUCACUGCACCCUGCUGCACUCUGCCGACCGCUCCGCCCUCGCUGCCGUGCUCCGCCCCUCCUGCCCCGGUAUCCAUAGCAACGCCACUCCCAGCGUCCCCUCGCCGGUCGCCAACCUGCUGGACCACGCGCCCUCGCUGCAGUGGGACGAGCUGCUGGACGCUCUGGUGCAGCAGUACAACGCAGAGUUCGGCUAUGACGCGGCCGUGGCGCCCGUGGACCCGGCGGAUGAGUUGGCGUUCCCCGGUGUUGGCCGGGCGGUGGCCGAGCUGCGCGGCUGGGACUGGACCUUCAGCAAGACGCCCAAAUUCAGCGUCCAAACCGCGCUGCACCUGACGGACGCCGUCUCUGCGGCGAGCUGCUCGGCGCGGCUGCACGUGGAGGUGAAGGGCGGCGUGGUGGAGAGCUGCGUGCUGGACGUCCCCGCCCACUGGCUGCCCGAGGCUGGUCGCCGCGCUGGCCGCCGCGCUGGUCGGGGACCGGUUCUGCCGCCAGCUGCGGCCGCCGCGGUCGCCGCCGUGCUGCGGACGGAGAACGGCGAGCUGCAGAGACGACUGCUGGACCUCGGGGACGCACUGGUCUCCGUCAUCAGCUGAUAAUACUCACUCUCAGACAGACAGGUAGAGAGACAGACAGGCAGGCAGGUAGAGAGACAGACAGGUAGACAGGUAGAGACUGGUCUCCGUCAUCAGCUGACAAUACUCACUCUCAGACAGACAGGUAGAGAGACAGACAGGCAGGCAGGUAGAGAGACAGACAGACAGGUAGAGAGACAGGCAGACAGACAGACAGACAUAGAGACAGACAGGCAGGCA